CAUAGCGGUCUGACCGUUCCGACGGGUGAUCACGUGAUGCGCGCAAUGACAGUUGGGUGAUUAUCGCUCUCCACUUCCUGUGAAGUGAUGUAUCGAUGUUCCCUGAUUCCCUAUGCCGUGCGCAGUGCCCUUCGAACUGAACAUGUUCGCUCCCUUCGGAUUGGAAUCUCACUUAAGAUGGCGGAAUACCCUGUGAAGUCCACUUCGCAGUCCACUUACGGUCGAAUGGAACGCACCUACGGUCAGUCAUUCCGAUCGAUUUAAUCUGCUUUCAAUUACUCCUGCCUUAGCAGUGCAUUCAGACGAGUGCUGUCGAUGUCGAUAUACUCUCCAGGUCAACGCGCGUGCAGGACAAACCAAUUUAGUAAAUAUGUUGGCUGUAAAUAGAAUCCCAAAAAUGAUCCGUAAUAUAACAGCCCGACCCGAAAUACUGUCUUUGUUUAUAACGUUUAAAGAAAGGAGUAUUCACAGCUCAGCCUGUCUAUCUGGUGCUAACAAACUGAUGAAGAUGCUGGCCAAUAAGAAGAAAAAGCAUUGGUAUGUCACUCCUAUACAGUCUACACCUUUAGGUCAGCCCGACUUUCUGAAACCAACAAAGAAGAAAAAACAAGAGGAUAGUGUUCGUGUAAGAACAUUGAACAACAUUGUGUUCAAAGCAGUGACUGACUUGCUGACCUCAUAUGAAGUCAACUCAGAGAUCCCUGCCUACAAUGUACAAAUAUCCAAAGUUUCACUCCCACCAGAUUUCUCUUCUUGUCGAAUAUACUGGAAGACAAGUUUGUCUGCUGAACAAGAUCGUCAAAUUCAACAGGCUUUAGACAAAUGUGCUCCUCGUAUACGAUACCUUCUCAUAUCGCACCAAAUCCUUGGCAGUGUUCCUCCUGUGGUAUUUAUUAGAGAUAAACAAUAUGCUGCAAUGAUGGAGAUUGAAAACCUUCUCAAGAUCGCAGAUUAUGGUUCAGGUGAAGAUGAAACGGACCAUUUAUCCAUCAACGAUGUUGGGGCCAGACUGCAUCCAUUGGACUCUGAAGAAAAGAAAAGACCCGUGUUGUUUGGGGUUGAUCACGAUGCACUUCACAAACAGAUUGAAGCUUAUAAACGGGACAAGGGGUCGAGAGACUCUUAUACACCGAGCUCUGCAGCAGGAGGGCUAACUCAGGAGCAGCUGAAUACACUGGCGGACAUCAGAAAGCAAAAACUCGUAGAGAAAAAGAAACUUAAAUCCAGAUCAAUGAAGGAUGAUGACAUCACACCAAAAGACUACCUGCUAGCCAGGAGUCUUCAGAAAGAGGAAAAAGAGGAACUGGACAACAGUGAAGAAAGCCUGCUGGAUAGCCAGAUCUCACAGCUGAUGGCAGAAGACAACAGGAGGGACUAAAUAAUUAAUAAUUUGGUGAUUUGCACUGUGUAGAGGACUUUGUAAAUUGAUAAAUUGUGGGCAUAUAUAUGUGUAUAUGACAUAUAAAUAUAUAAAUCUGACAUAUGAUGGAUUAGUAGACUGUUUUAGUGUGAGAUUUACUGAUUAAUUAGUAUAGCAUUCACACAGAACAUGUAAUAAGGUGUCUUAGUCAACACAA